AUGAACAAAAUCGGGGCGGUGUUCAUUAUCGGCAGUCUCAUCUUUAUGGUCGUCGAUUUUGAGCGAGUGGUACAAGCAUUCGACGAAAUUGCCGAGGGCGUCGUCAAGCCACGCACAAACACCGAGGUCAAACAACUCGAGCCCGAGCAGGGCACCAAUGCGAGCCUUGUCUUGCUAGAAGACGCUCCAGAAGACCAGGCAGGUGGCGAUGAACCU